GCCACUCUCGGGGCAGUGCCUCCUGGGUCCACAGCGAGCACCUGCCGUUCUGAUGGAGCAGUGCUGAUAUCUUCUCCCCCCUCCUUGUUCCCACCAGGCCUGUCUCACACCACCCCCCCUCCGGAGCACGAGCUGCCUGGCAUGUUCGGCGCCGAGCCGCCCCGUUCUGCCCCAGAAGGUGACUUCACCGGCUGGACCACCAGCACGGAGGUGCUGCCCUACGACACCAGCGGGAUCCCGGAGGGCGCGGCCGUCUGCGCGCUACCCCAGUACAGCUGGCCUCCCCUUGGCUCGGCGCCGCUGACGCGCGCUGCUGCCGCCGCUCUCGCCCUGCGCAGGUACGAGGAGAGCCGGGUUCACGAGUUCAUCUACCAGCUGCGGGUGCGGCUGCUGGGGGCGGACGGGCGCACAGUCCUGCAGGAGCACGCCUUCGCCCCCAAAGAGGACAUGCGGCGCGACUCCCGCGACUGGAAGAAGGUGUCCCACGUGUUCAGGAGCUACGGGCCGGGCGUGCGGCACGUCCACUUCCUGCACAGGCUGAAGAACAUGAACAUGGUGGCGUUCAGGGCCACCCGGGCCACCGACAGCGCCGUGCUUGUGAAGCUCAGAGGCUGAAGCAGGAAAGCGAGACCCGCGGCGUGGGCCGUCUCUGUGCUCGCUAACGCGCCCGUGUGCCGACUGCCGCGGCGCUCCGGCAUCGCAGAGACCACGCCGUCGGUCAUGCUGUAAUUCUACCGUUGUUUAAGCUUUGAACUGUAAGUAUCAAGGCCCAAAAUGUCAGAACUUUCAAUAAAAAAAAAAAUGAUUUUAAAAAAUCA